UCUGAGUUAGAAAGGAAUCCUAAUCUUACAAGCAUCAAAAAAAUUGUGUUGCUUAGUUACCACAAUUUGCCUUACUUCCUCAAACCAUGUUUCUUGUACUUGGGUAUAAUCCCCGAGGAUUAUUCCAUCAAUUGUGGAAGACUAGUUCGACUUUGGAUGGCUGAGGGUUUCAUUGAAGAACAAAAAGGCAAAACAUUGGAAGAAGUUGCAGAAGAAUACUUGAUUGAGCUCAUCCUUAGAAACUUGGUUCAAGUGUCAAGUACAAAAAUUAAUGGAAGAGUUAAGAAUUGUCGGGUUCAUGAUGUAGUGCGUGAGAUCAUCCUCUCAAAGUCCGAGGAGUUGAGUUUCUGCCAUGUUUUAGCAGACGAGGAUUCAAGUCCCAAUAAUCAAAGUCGACGACUAUCAAUGCAUAUGAAGAACAGAAUGGAUAAGGUUCUGGAAAGCACACAUAUUUCCCGAAUUCGUUCUUUUUUUCUUUUUGCAGUGGGAGAGCUGCCAAACAAGUCCUUGUUGGGUGAACUAGCUGCAAAUUUCAAGCUUUUAAAAGUACUAGAUCUUCAAGAUGCUCCUCUAGAUCAACUACAUGAAGAAGUGGGGAAUCUACUUCAUUUGCGAUACCUAAGUGUGAAGAAUACAAGUGUGAAGACAAUUCCAAAGUCUAUUGGUAAGCUACAAAACCUGCAAACUUUGAAUUUGAAAUACUCUCUCGUGUUUGAGCUACCAAUCGAGAUCAAUAGGCUCCAUAAAUUGCGACAUCUUCUAAGCAUUUCUUUUAACUAUGAUAUUGAUAUAAGUUUGGAUAGUAUAAGAGGAGUGAAGAUAAGAGGAGGGAUCGGGCAUUUAGAACAGUUGCAAAAGUUGUGGGUUGUGGAGGCACUUGAAGAAGAAGAAGAAUGGGGCAACCUUGUUUUCAAAGAGCUGGAAAAUUUGAGGCAGUUGAGGAAGUUUGGCGUUUCCAAAGUGAGAAGAGAAAAUGGGAGGGUUCUUUGUGCUGCCAUUGAGAAGAUGAAACACCUUAGGGUUUUGGGGAUACGGGCUAAAAGUGAAGAUGAGAUUAUGGAUUUACAUUCUAUUUCUUCACCACCUGAAUAUCUUCAACGUCUCUACUUGGGGGGAUAUUUAUUGACUUUGCCAGAUUGGAUCCCAAAACUACAACAUCUACUCGCAAUACGUCUACACUGGACAGGUUUGACCGCAAAUGCAAUAAAAUCCCUUCAAGUGUUGCCUAAUUUACUAAAGCUUGAUAUCUAUCAGGGUUAUGAGGGACAGAGAUUGCAUUUUGAGGUUGGAGGGUUUCAAAAACUUAAGGUGUUAUAUCUACAAGGCUUGAAGCGAUUGAAUUCCAUGGUAAUAGAGGAUGGAGCGUUGCCUCUUCUUGAAGAAAUAUGGAUUGGGCCUAGCCCGCAACUGAAGGAGGUACCCUCUGGCUUCCACCACCUCAAAAGACUCGCAGCUCUUUCCUUUUAUGAUAUGCCAAUGGAGUUCUUAGAUAGAAUGCAACCGGACGAAGGAGAAGACUAUUGGAUUAUUCAGCAUAUACCCGAUAUCAAGUUCUCGUUCAAGUCUAGAGGAUUGUACUACAAAACCUAUAGUCUUCGAGAUUUCCAAGUCACACGUGAAAGACAGAGGAAAUAUUGAUGUGCAUCGAAGUUGACAGAUUCUGGUCUUAUGCCAACACAGAAGGUUGAAGGAAAUUCAAUUACAGUGUGAAAAGAGAAAAAAAUGGCAUCUCCUUCCCUCCCUCCAAAAUCAACAUGGUUCUUUCUUAUGUUUUAUUAUUAUUGUUGUUGUUGACCAAGACAACAUGUGUGGAUUUCUCUUAGUAUGCCUUGUUAUUUUUAAUAACUAUGUGAUGUUUGAUUUAGACAAAUAUAAUAAGGUCAUCCAGUCCUUUGUUGUAACAUCAUUGCACAGUGUUCUAUCUCUUUUUCUGAUCUUUUAUUCUGCAA